AUGACAGUCUCUUACGGAAAAAAGCCACGACGCCGACGAAGCGUAUUCAAUCUUUGGAAUCAGCCCAAAGUCACCUCUCGUCACAGCAAACCAUUCCCGUCUCCGGCCGACACGGCAGUGUCCGACAGUUCCGUAUCUCCCAACCCCAUUGACAGGGGUAGCAGAGCUCGAUUUCGAUUCCGAUUGACACGGAGCAGCUCGAAGUUCUUAUUGUUACUUGGGCUGGGGAAUUCCUCCAACAGUUUGUUCUUCAUAUGCCCUGGCCUGCUCCUAGCUUACUAUGCUGACUUUCGAAUCACAGGCAACAAGACAAGCGUCGAAUCAGGCGACGAUGUCCAAAAACCUGACCGUGACCUGCACAUUCUAGUUGUCUCGGGGGCUGCCCAAAGUGACUCGAAUUAUAUGACAGGCAGUUGUUUUCUUGAGACCCAACCCCUGAUCGGUACUACUUGUGGCAACAUACUGCUGGACAUCCCGGACAAUUCCACGCAAAGCCCAGCAGAUGGCAAGGCAUCAGGCCGCAAGAUUGAUGCUCAAGUCGACGGAGAGGACAUCCAGCAAGACCGCGAUAACAUUCCUUCCACAUUUAAUGUCGAACCCCAAGGUUCGUCAAACUCGAGACUCAUGGACCGCGUUUCUCAAAGACUCUCGUUAACAUUUGGGCACCCAACGGUGGUUCAUCGCACCCACUUACGUUCCAGGCCCAGUGAAAUUUUCCUCCACUCUCCAUUAUUGUCCAGCAAACAAGGGGAUGGGGCCAACGAUGACAGCUCGGAUCCUUCAACCACCCCAAGCAGUAGUGGCUCUCCCAUGGGCUGCUCAACACCCUGGACCCCAGUGACAUCCGCAGAGCCAUCUCCUUCUUCAUUGGAGAAGUACAAACCUGAAGUGAACGAGUGGUCUACAAUUUCGAACUGUAUUUCGAGCCCAAGCUCGACGCCAAGCGGCAAACCGCCUGUCACUCCUCCGUCCAUUCUUACCGUGGAAACUGCGUCUGUCGCCAAGGUCUAUCUUGAACUCUACUUCAAUUCCAUUUAUGAGAACGAAGACCCACGCUUCCAGCGUCAAUACGAAUUAGAGCAGCACAUCUCUGCGUUCCAUCUGGAUCCCGAAGAGCAGGAAGCUACCCGACGUAACUGGGCCCUGCAAGAGAAUGAAUAUAUGCGGCAGUGUCGAAUGUUGAAAACCCGUUUAAAAUCCCCACACAUCAAUCGAACAGACUCGGUUGCUGGAUACGAAGUCAUUAAAACGCUAGGAAAAGGCAGCUUCGGGCAGGUGCGUCUGGUGCGCGAGAAAGAUAGCCAAAAAUUGGCCAAGGGCGAUGAUGAGAGCCCGCUGCGCGAUGCCAUUACUUCCAGCGCAAGAAGCCGACAUCUUAAUACAGUAAGAUCGGCCGUUGAUGGAGCCAGACACAGCAGACGCAAAUUCAUGACAGGCGAAAAGAAGGAAGUCUAUGCCAUGAAAGCGAUCAAGAAAUCAGACAUGAUCCGCAAUUGCCAAGAAGGUCACAUUCGAGCGGAGCGAGACUUUCUCGUUGCCUCUGAAAAAUCUCACUGGGUCGUUCCAUUGAUAUGCAGUUUCCAAGAUGACAGCUACUUGUACCUCGUCAUGGACUACAUGGUUGGUGGGGAUUUCCUUGGGCUUUUGAUCCGCAGGGAUAUUUUGCGUGAAGAGUGGACACGGUUUUACACUGCCGAGAUGGUUCUGUGCAUCGAGGAAGCUCAUAAACUUUGUUGGAUUCACCGUGACAUCAAGCCAGACAACUUUCUCAUAUCGGCGUCUGGGCAUCUGAAAAUUUCUGACUUUGGGUUGGCCUUCAAUGGACAUUGGUCUCAUGAUCAGGCAUAUUACAACAACCACCGCUAUUCUCUGCUGCAAAAGCUUGGUAUUGAGAUCGAAGGCGAUACUGAAGAUCAGGCUCAAGCUGCAGAAGCGGAGAAAGACUCGAACAUGGAUCCAAAUGCAAAAGAUCAGAGUGACUUUCCCCAGUAUCGGGUGCCUUCAACGGGUCUUCUUGCAUGGCGGAACAAAAAAGGGCGACGGCGAUUUGCAAAGAGUGUGGUUGGUACCAGCCAGUACAUGGCACCAGAGGUCAUUCGCGGAGAGAUGUAUGAUGGAAGAUGCGACUGGUGGAGCUUGGGUGUGAUUAUCUACGAGGCGAGUGAAGUUCAUUCCUGCUCUAAAACGUUCUAA